CACACACUCGCUCAUCCCAAAGCACCGACUUCCGGUCUUGUGCGGCUGGGUGGUGGGGGGCGAGGAGGCGCGCACGCUCCCCCCUCCCUACCCCCCACCGGAGCAGAGACUCCCCCCCACCCCUAUCUCUAUAUAUAUCCCCCCCACCUUUUUAUUUUUUAAAAUUUGUCCCUGAAAGAGAGACACGCCUAUAAAAAGAGUGUCACCCCUCGCCUCCACCCUUAGCUGCCCCAAGCCCCGCCCCCUGGGACUCAAGCCCCGCCCCCAGAAGACCCCCUCCCACUCCUUAUGCCCCGCCCCUCAGAGCUAGGCGAGGGCCCCCCCAACUCACCUCCCCACUUAACCCCCACUCAAGUCUGACCACUUUUUCCCCUUUAGAGUUUCAUUGGUCAAGCAAAAGUAUCCCCUCCAAAUUUGGAGCUGCAGGGAUCCCCCACUCCCCACAAUAGGUUUUUUUUUUGGGGGGAGACUUAAAAGUCCCCCCCGCUCCUCACCCCCCACAAAGUGUUCCCCUUAAAUAGUGGGGCACCUAUCACAGGUUGUGUGUUGUGGUGGUGACUUUAAAUAGAGAGUCAGUUCCACCUGCCCCAUAGCUAAUCCCCCUGCCCCUUAGCCCCCUCCCCACAUCUGUUUCUCUCCCUCUGCCUCCAAAUAGGGCACUGAGGAAAGUCCAGGGGGGGUGAGUGUGGGGCUUCCCCAUUGAUCUCACCCCCCGCCCCACUUUGGUAAGGGAGAGAGAGAGAGAGAGGGAGUAAGGGGGUGUCUUCCCCACCCCACCCCCACCUGCUAUGGAGAAGGGGAAAGGGGGUGCAGCAGCCACAGGAGGUGGAGGUGGAGGGAAAUUGCUGAUCUACACCAGCUUGGAUGCCAAGGAUGAGUUAGAGGAGAGGCUCGAAAGAUGCAUGGGCACCGUAACAUCACUGACCGGCGGGGUCUCCGAGAGGGAAGCCAACGACGCCCUGAACGCUCAUGUGUGCAAAGGAGCCCCUCAGCACGAAGAGAUAUGCCUGGGCCUUUUCAUGCUGAUCCUCACGGAGCCUGCUCAAGCGCAGAAGUGUUACCGGGACCUGGUGCUGGUCAGCCGCGACGGGAUGAGUGCCGUGUUGAACAAGAUGAACCAGAUUCUGAUGGAGAAGUACCUGAAGCUGCAGGACACGUGCCGUACGCAGUUGGUUUGGCUGGUGCGGGAGAUAGUGCGGAGCGGGAUUCUGGGCAUCGAAGGCGUCUGCAUGACCUUCAUGAAGCAGAUUGCAGGCGGAGACGUAACGGCAAAGAAUAUCUGGUUGGCAGAAAACAUCCUUGAUAUGCUUACUGAGCAGAGGGAGUGGGUUCUGAAAAGCGCCAUGCUGAUUGCCAUGUCUGUGUACACCUACCUCCGCCUGAUCGUCGACCACCAUGGCUCGCCUCCCCUGCACGCCCUGAGGCAGAAGGAGGUGGAAUUCUGCAUCUCCCUGCUCCGCGACCGGUUUAUGGAUUGCCUUAUGAUUGGCCGAGAUCUGGUGAGGCUUCUGCAGAACGUUGCCAGGAUACCCGAGUUUGAACAGCUCUGGAAGGACAUUAUCCACAACCCACAGGUGCUGAGCCCCCAGUUCACAGGUGUUUUGCAACUCUUGCAGUCUCGGACUUCGCGCAAGUUCCUGGCUUGCCGCCUCACGCCCGACAUGGAGACCAAGCUGCUCUUCAUGACCUCCCGGGUGCGCUUUGGCCAGCAGAAACGCUACCAAGACUGGUUCCAGCGGCAGUACCUCUCCACCCCGGACAGCCAGUCCCUGCGCUGCGACCUCAUCCGCUACAUCUGCGGGGUGGUCCACCCGUCCAACGAGGUGCUGAGCUCCGACAUCCUCCCUCGCUGGGCCAUCAUUGGCUGGCUGCUCACCACCUGCACGUCCAACGUAGCUGCAUCCAACGCCAAGCUGGCCUUGUUCUACGACUGGCUAUUCUUCAACCCCGAGAAGGACAGCAUCAUGAACAUCGAGCCAGCCAUCCUAGUCAUGCACCAUUCCAUGAAACCUCACCCGGCCAUCACCGCCACUCUGCUGGACUUCAUGUGUCGGAUCAUUCCUAAUUUUUACCCCGCGUUGGAGGCCCAUGUGCGGCAAGGAGUCUUCAACUCCCUCACCCACAUCGUGGAGAAGCGAGUCCUGGCGCACCUGGCUCCUCUUUUUGACAACCCAAAGCUGGAUAAAGAACUCCGGGCCAUGCUGAGAGAGAAAUUUCCAGAGUUCUGCAGUUCCCCUUCGCCUCCCGUCGAAGGUAGAAUCGAGGCAGCAGUGAAAAUUGAGGAGCCGGUUUCCAUGGAGAUGGACAAUCACAUGUCCGACAAAGAUGACAGUUGCUACGACAACGCAGAGGCCGCCUUCAGUGACGACGAAGAGGACUUGAACAGCAAAGGGAAAAAGCGGGAGUUCCGGUUCCACCCAAUCAAAGAGGCCAUCGUAGAAGAGCCGGUGGAUAUCACCCCUUUCCUGGACCAGUUGGACGAGACCCUCAAGGACAAAGUCCUCGUGCUGCAGAAGGGGAGCGACACAGAAGCUCAGUGUGAGGUCAUGCAGGAAAUCGUGGACCAAGUCCUGGAGGAGGAUUUUGACCAGGAGCAGCUGUCGGUCCUCGCUUCCUGCUUGCAGGAGCUCUUCAAAGUUCACUUCCGCGGAGAGGUCCUGCCGGAAGAAAUCACAGAAGAGUCUCUAGAGGAAUCCGUGGGGAAGCCACUUUACCUAAUAUUUAGGAACCUCUGCCAGAUGCAGGAGGAUAACAGCAGCUUCUCUGUGCUCCUGGAUCUGUUGUCAGAGCUCUACCAGAAGCAGCCCAAGAUCGGUUACCACCUUCUCUACUACCUAAAAGCCAGCAAAGCAGCGGCCGGCAAGAUGAACCUCUACGAGUCCUUUGCCCAGGCCACGCAGCUGGGCGACCUGCACACCUGCCUGAUGAUGGACAUGAAGGCUUGCCAGGAGGACGACGUCCGGCUCCUCUGCUUCCUCACUCCUUCCAUAUACACUGAGUUUCCAGACGAGACCCUGCGGAGCGGGGAGCUGCUGAACAUGAUUGUGGCCGUCAUUGACUCAGCUCAGCUCCAGGAAUUGGUCUGCCACGUUAUGAUGGGGAACUUGGUGAUGUUUCGGAAGGACUCCGUCCUCAAUAUUCUGAUCCAGAGCUUGGAGUGGGAGACCUUUGAGCAAUACUGCACGUGGCAGCUGUUUCUGGCCCACAACAUCCCCCUGGAGACCAUCAUCCCCAUCCUCCAGCAUCUCAAGUACAAAGAACACCCUGAGGCGCUUUCCUGCUUAUUGCUGCAGCUGAGACGGGAGAAGCCUAGCGAAGACAUGGUGAAGAUGGUCCUCAGCCGGCCGUGCCACCCGGACGACCAGUUCACCACCAGCAUCCUCCGGCACUGGUGCAUCAAGCACGACGACCUCUUGGCUGAGCACAUCAAGUCCCUCCUGAUCAAGAACAACAGCCUUCCCCGAAAACGCCAAAGCCUGCGCAGUUCCAGCAGCAAACUCGCCCAGCUCACCUUGGAACAGAUCCUGGAGCACCUAGACAACCUGCGCCUGAACCUCACCAACACCAAACAGAACUUUUUCAGCCAAACCCCGAUCCUGCAGGCCCUCCAGCACGUCCAGGCCAGCUGCGACGAAGCCCACAAGAUGAAGUUCAGCGACCUCUUCUCCCUGGCCGAAGAGUACGAGGACUCCUCCAGCAAGCCUCCAAAGAGCCGCCGGAAAGCCACCGUCUCCAGCCCCCGCAGCCGGAAGAACGCGGCGCAGCCCGCCAACAACGAGGAGGAGUCUGCCUCCAGCAGCGCCUCGGAGGAGGAAGACACGAAACCCAAACCCACCAAGCGGAAGAGGAAAGGCUCCUCAGCGGUUGGCUCGGACAGUGACUGAGGGGGGCGGGCAAGACCGCCUUGUCGCUAGCGGCUCCCAGGGUGACCGCAGGCAGCGGCAGAGAGCGGAUCUGGAGCGGCCGGCCGGAGUCACCAUUGGCAGCGAGGACAAUGCUCUCUAAAGAGGGGCGCUGGCGGGACUUGGGAUACCUGGGCGCCCCCUCCCCCCCCACCUUGGCACAGUUACAGCCUCUGCCCCGCUCUCCGUGCCUGCGAGACACUCUCUGCCCCCCGGCGUCGCCACCCAUCCUCGCCUGCCCGCCUUUUGUACGGUGGCCGCGGGCGGGGGGGACGACGCAGGAGGUUUUCCUCAGGCCUGUCCUUGGCGGCGCGGGGGCCACCUCAUUCUGCGGGCAGCGGCGCCAGAGAGAGGGGCCCCCUCUUCUCUCCGAAAUGUAAAUAAAUGGUGUGAACCGGCGUUACUCCCGUCAGUGCUGCUUCCGGCGGGGAGAACCGGGAGUGGGGCUGGGCUUGGGGGGGAGCUGGAAAUGUGAGGAGGGGCGGGGGGGUUAUUUCGGAGCCGGGCCAGGCUUUUCCUGGCAUCGUCUCCCCCCCCCCACAGCGCCAGAGGCCCUUCCUCCCCACCCAACCCCAAGCUUGUCGUGUGUGUGCCCUUCCACCUCCAGAAAAAGAAAAAGAAAGGCCAUUUUCUCCACACAGAGAACAUUCCGGUUAACCACCCCAAAGCCUCAAACACUCCCCCCACCCCACUUUGCGGGGAGGUUGGGGGGGCAAGGAGGCUUUCCUUUCUGCGGCCUCCCUGCCCUUCCGCGUACGAUGGCCGGAGAAGCCUCGCUGCCCCGUUCCUGCCUCAAAACGACAACCCCCCCCAGCCAUACGAAGAAAUGACUGCUAGGCUGUCGGCAUGAAGGAAGGCCCCCCCCUCGCCCUGCCCCGCAUCCUCCCGGCCAGAUUUUUGAGAAGCAGCCCCCUCCUUCCUGAGACCCCCCCUCUCACAGGGUUGGGGGGGCGGGAAGGGGAGGCGGUGGUGGUGGUAGUGGUGGGAGCAACCGACUCAGCGACAGGCGAGCGAGACGAGAUGGUAGUUAUAUUUUUAAUUCCCCGCCUACCCACUGAGAGAUUAUCAUUUUUAAGUGGUUUUUAAAAGAGACAAUAAAAACUGUCAACAUGUUUUUUGUACAAGUU